CCGCCCCUCGCGUAUGGCGGCGCCCGGGUGUCCGUGAGCGGAGGCAGGGGAGUGGCGGCCGGCCGGGGCUGUGGCGGGCCGGGCUCCCCAUGGCGCUGAGCAGCCGCCUGCUGCUAGCGGCCGGCGGGCUCCGUGCAGCGGGUCUUCGUUUUGCAUCAACUACAGCCACUCUCAAAACUGAGACUGAAGUGGACACAAGUGAAAAUGAGGUUGUUGCCCCAAACUUCACUAACAGAAAUCCUCGGAACUUGGAGCAGAUGGCCCUGGCUAGGAAGGAGCGUGGCUGGAAGACAACAUGGCCAAAGCGUGAGUUCUGGCACAGAUUGCGGCUUGAGCGGACACAGCAUUACGUAGAAGCCUUUGUUGAGCGUUCCAACGGGGAUGUUGUGGUAUCUGCCUCUACCCGAGAGUGGGCCAUAAAGAGACACUUGUACAGUCCCAAGGGAGUAGCUGCAUGCAAAAACCUUGGCCGUGUGAUGGCACAGCGCUGUUUGGAAGCAGGAAUCAACUUUGUGAACUUUAAAGCCAUUAUCCCGUGGGAGCACCGUUGUGACUCGAUUCAGGAAUUUGAGAAAGCUAUGGAGGAGGGUGGUGUCGUUCUGCGUGAGCCACGAAGAAUCUACCGGUAAGAUGGAGACCAUUGGGAAGACUUUUCAAGGAACAAAGAUCACUUCUUUAGGUUUGUGUACUGGCAGAGGGAAGGUCCAGAGCUGGAAAAAGUUUGAAUGUGUCAUCUUAAAAUAAAAUAUUUUCAAAUGG